AAGAUUUCCCAUUUGCAAGCAAUGAAACUACAUAGCCUCUGGCAUUCGCUGGGUGCGUUUAGCAUCGGCUCCUUGGCGACGUAUGGAAGCCUAAGGAUGCUCGAUCGUCGACAGGUGGACGAAAGCCAGUUUGAUGAGUCUGCAAAUUCGAACAAGGGUGGCUGGUGCCAUGACUGGGAUCAGCGCAAACAGCUAAUGGAAACGUCAAACGGACAGGAGGAUGGUCAGGAAGGACCCGUUGCAUUACGUCACAUAGUUUUGGUGAGGCAUGGAAAGUACACCUCCUCGCCGGAUGGCGGUCAUCUUACGGAUCUGGGACGAUUGCAGGCCCAUCGUGCCGGCCGGCGGCUGCGUGAGAUGGGCGUAUUGUGGGAUCAUGUGGUGGCCUCGACAAUGACACGUGCCCAGGAGACGGCGAUGAUCAUACUGAAGCAAAUUAACUUUGAUCCGCUCAAGAUGAAACGCUGCGAACUGCUGCCCGAGGGCACACCCUGCCCGGCAGAUCCGCCCCAGAAGCGCAGUGCCGCCAGCGUGGAGCGGGCCUAUCGCCGCGACGGGCCACGCAUCGAGGCCGCCUUUCGACGCUAUUUCUUUCGCGCCUCGCCCGACCAGAAGCAGGACUCCUACUUGCUCCUGAUUGGCCACGCCAAUGUCAUCCGCUAUCUGGUCUGUCGUGCCCUACAGUUCUCACCGGAAGCGUGGACACGUUUUAGCUUGCAUCACGGCUCCAUCACAUGGCUGACAAUAUGGCCAUCCGGCUAUGUGACACUACGUUGCCUCGGCGAUUCUGGCUUCAUGUCCGUCGAGGAACUAACCUCAUAACGGCCGCCCAAGCAUGCGAAAACAUCCGAAUGAAACCUAUUUUGCAGUAACGUAUUAACGCUGUUUGUCCCUCACAUGCAAAAGGGCUCAAAAUAUACAUAUUUGCAUAUAUUCGAUGUUCAAAUUAUAGUAUGGCCUUUUUUAAGAAACGCUCCAUCAUUUUAAAGACGAAUAUUGGUGAUGAAAUCCAUUAAAGAUCGAAAUAUAAAUUAUCAGGCCACGCACUCUCACUUCCCCCCUAAAAUAAUUCGCGAAAUCCUCAUAUUCCAUAAUUUUAGAGCUAUAAAAAAAUGGUAAAUAAAACUCUGAUACACAAAAGCUGAUACAAAAUCAAAUUCAAUGGAGAGAUAUUAAACUUUUGACAAUUUGUGAA